GUAGAUUAGUCAAUAAAUUUUGGAGACAAAAAUUUAUCCCAUUAUAAAAUUUAAUUAGGUGGCCAUAUUUAGAUACUGGACCUAAUAUAAUUUUAUUUAGUAAUUUUCGGAAUUACUGUUUGGGGCAAGACUGCGUAAUAAAUCCCUCAUAAUUUUAAGUCUGUGCCACCCCGACGCCCCGUCACUCGUCAAACCCAAUUUAGAUCGGUAACGGACUCACCCAAGUGAGACGCCCGGUUUACGUUGGUUAGGCGCGAAACCCGUAACUAGGGAAACGAUAUUCCUACUUUAACCACCGUCAAAACGUGGUUGAGUAAAAGUUUCUCUAUGAAGGACUUGGGAGAUGCCAGUUAUGCACUUGGCAUAAGGAUCUAUAGGGAUAGAUCACGGAAGCUUUUAGGUCUCAGUCAAAGUACAUACAUAGACAAGGUUCUCGCUAGAUUCAGCAUGUCUGAAUCGAAACGAGGAAGUUUACCUAUGGUCCAAGGCACGAGUCUUUCCAAGACUCAGGGUGCUUCCACUCCAGAGAAAGUAGAACGCAUGAUAAAUGUUCCUUAUGCGUCGGCCAUUGGAUCCAUCAUGUAUUCGAUGGUAUGUACGAGACAUGAUGUCGCUUUUGCUCUGAGUGUCACGAGUAGAUACCAGUCCAACCCUGGCGAAAUCCAUUGGACGGCUGUGAAGAACAUCCUUAAGUACUUUCGUAGGACUAAGGAUUCCUUCCUGGUAUAUGGCGGAAAAGAAGAGCUCAGUAUUGUCGGAUAUACUGAUGCCAGCUUCCAGACUGAUAGAGAUGACUUCAAGUCGCAGGCGGGGUAUGUGUUUUGUUUGAAUGGCGGAGCUGUUACCUGGAAGAGUUACAAGCAAGAUACUACCGCUGAUUCCACUACAGAAGCAGAGUACAUGGCUGCAGCUGAGGCAGCCAAGGAAGGUGUGUGGCUCAAGAAUUUUAUUAUUGAGCUUGGAGUGGUUCCUAGCAUCAAGAACCCUAUACCGUUGUUUUGCGACAACAAUGGGGCAAUUGCACAAGCGAAAGAACCUCGGUCUCACCAAAAGACCAAACACAUCGUUAGACGUUAUCACAUUAUACGAGAAAUCGUUCCACGUGGGGACGUUGAGAUUUGCAAGAUAGGUACAGACGACAAUAUCGCGGAUCCGUUGACGAAGGCUUUGGGAAAGCCUAAACACGAGAGUCAUACGUGGUUCGAGGUCCCGAAGCAGAUCAUAUCCGAAAACGGAACCCAGUUUAAGGAAGCAGAAUUCCAAAACUUCCUCAAAACUUGGGGAAUUCAGCAUACAAAGGUUUCUGUGGCCUACCCUCAAGCUAAUGCGCAGGUGGAGAACGUCAACAGAACAAUCAUAAGUGGAAUAAAAAAGAAGCUACUUUCAGAAGGAAGCAAAUGGGUGGAUGAACUACCCAGAAUCCUGUGGACGUACAGAACGACUCCAAGGAGGGCUACGGGCGACACUCUCUUUGGCUUAGCCUAUGGUUUCGAAGCCCGGGCUCCAGCUGAGACGGUGAUCCCUACCAGGAGAGAAAUGGAAUAUGACCUGGAAGUAAACGAACAGAAUCAGGCCGUAGAGCUGAACUUCAUACAAGAACGAAGAGAUGAAGUGCGAAUCUGGGCAGAGAAUUAUCGUCGCCAGGUGAAAUCUUACUUUGGCAGAAGGGUGAAACCGAGGGCGUUCCAGGUGGGGGAUUACAUCCUGAGGAAGCGAGAGAAGAGUCAACCAACUAAGGGUGGGAAGCUGGCUAAGAAAUAUGAAGGACCUUAUAUCAUCAAGGCUAUCGUUCGCCCAGGCUGGGCAAGUCGGCACUUCAGGGAUCUAAGAAGAGUGCAUUCGCUGACCCUUGCUGCCAUGCCUGAGCUAGAAAAGGACCCCGGAGCGGAAAGGGGAGAAGUCACCGAUUGUUCAGAGGCAAGAGAAGGCCCAGAAGAGAGUUCAGGUGUUGUGGCUCCAAGUGAGGGAAAUGCCAAGGAAGAAGAAUCAGAAGAAGAAUCGGAGAUACCUAGUCCCUUAAAUAGGCGAGUAAUCCUAAAGGAGAAGUGCAAGGACGCGGAGUCAAAGCACAUAUCCGAUUGGGGAAGCAGUUGCGGAUUCCCGAGGAAAGCUAGGGUUGCAUCGUUUCACCAUCGGGCUAAGAGAUCCGGGACUCCCUCUCAACCAGCUCAGCUUUUAGACUCUCUACUUUGUCUUCUCAAGCUGAGGCCUUUGACUCCAGGAGGGAGAUUUGUGCCCGGAGUCUGUCGAACUGCGUCUCCAGAUCCUGGCAUGGGUCCCCCUUUGGUAGAUGGCAAUUUGCUCUUGCAGGACCUUGACCCGGGACCUUUCAGUCACCAGUUCCGCCAAGCCAUCUACCUUGAUCUUGGCAUUCUCUUCUUGAAGGGCCUGGACUUGUUCCUCUAGGGAGUCAACUUUCUGCUGCAGGGCUCUAGCGGCCAACUCCUUUUUCUUCAGAAUCAGCACGGCCCUAUAAUUUCCCCAUG